UGACUUUUAAUCUAUUUAUAUGUUGCUGUUUUUUUUUUUUUGCAAACCAACAGCAGGUGGAAUUGAGCUUCAAAACCGGUGAGAUAAUACUCGUUUAUGGUGAUAUGGACGAAGAUGGUUUCUAUAUGGGUGAAUUGGACGGUAUACGGGGUCUUGUACCGUCGAAUUUUCUCGCCGAUGCACCCGAUCAGUACAACAAUCAAAUGGGCCCGGCGGGACGUGGUGGCUUGAGUCAGCGGGGUAGAGGACAAGGCCCCGGCGCUAGAGGGCCACCACCGCCUCCCAGAGAUAAUAUGAUGCCCGGCAUGGCCGGCCAGCGAGGUUCAACCGGCAAACAUGCUCGCCCUGCUUCCCCUACACUGUUAGACAACACGGGCCUCCCUGCCCCCGAUCACCAAACGCAGGGGAUGAUCGGUCGCGGUGGUAAUGUCGGUAUGCAGCAGCAACUUCAACAACAACCAUAUGGUCAGCAACAGACGCAACAGCAACAACAACAGCAGCAACAACAAAUGGGUAUGGGCCAGAUGGGGCAACAACAGCAGGGCAUGAUGGGCCAACAACAGCCGAUGGGAGGACAAAUGGGCCAAAUGGGUACCAUGGGUCAGAUGGGACAGAUGACGCCACAACAACAGCAACAGCAACAGCAACAACAGCAGCAACAACAACAACAACAACAACAGCAACAACAACAACAACAGCAAAUGGGUAUGAGCGGACAAAUGGGGCAGAUGGGUCAAAUGGGCCAAAUGGGUGCUAUGGGCCAGCAACAACCGCAGCAGCCCGGCAUGAUGGGCCAACAGCAAAUGGGUAUGGGCGGUCCGAUGAGCGGUAUGAUGGGGCAGCAGCAGCAACCGCAACAGCCGCCCGUAACGACGCAGUCCUCUGGCGGUUUAUUCUCCGGGGCGACUAGCCUACUCUCAGGUGCUACUUCGGCUGCCACCGGUGGUCUAUUUGGUUCGAAACAACCACCGAAACAAGAUCCAAUGCAACCACCAGUCGGUGCGCAGCCAAUGCAGCCAGGCCAACAGCAACCGGGCCAACCGCAGCCGGGUCAACCGCCGCAAGGGCAACAGCCACCGCCGCAGGGUCAGGGACCCGGGGCGGGGCUGUUGGGCGGACUGAAGGGCAUUGCAGCGGCGGCGCCAGGCGGCGAUGUACUGUCAAAAGGCAAAGAUCUCUUCGGCAAAUUCGGAUUCGGCUUCGGCAAAUAACCCUGGUCAUUUUGUAGGAACUUUCUAUUUGUAUUGUAUUUAAAUUUGUAUUUAUUAUUAUUACUAAUAUUAACUAAAA